AUGUCUUCAGAUGACCCCAAGAACCAUAUUAUCAAGGCUGCUCAGGUUGGAUUCAUACACAAGUUAUUCCAAUCUCAGUUUGACGUUGUCGUCGAGAAUGUCACCACCAUUCCUCGCUGCAACAACAACUUCAUUCAUUUUGUGACUUUCGCAUCGCCCAUCGCAUCGGAUCUGGUCAUAUCUGGAAAGCCCGGAGCUAUCGCAAUCCCAGCUGGAACUGCAAAGGUCGUCUGUCGGAUUGGAAAUCCUGCAGCGAUGUUCAAUCAUGCCGUCAAGGUCGAGAACACCGUCGCAAUGAUGCAGCUCACUCGUCAAGCACUUUCUGGACUUGACAUUGUACCGAGAGUCUUUGCUUGGAGCGAAACUGGAGAACCCUCGGGAACCGGCUGGAUCCUUGAAGAGUAUAUGCCCGGUGUCGAUAUUGAAACCGAGUUUUCCACGGACGUCCCUCGUGAGGCACAGCGUUUCGUGUUCAGUCAGAUGGCGACAAUCUUGAAAGCAGUUCAAGACUUUGAACUGCCUCCGAAAGCCUCUGGAUUUGGCGGGCUUGCUUUUGACGACAGUGGCGCUGUAACCAGUGGUCCAUUUGCUGUCGAGCCAUACAACGGCCCGUACCCUGACAUGGAAAGCAUGUACAAAGGCAUGCUUCAAGCACAGCUUGUCGAGGCGGAUCGAUCUCGUGUCGCCCAGGGGUGGAAAGAGGAUGGGCUACGAGACAGACUCGAUGCUUUUGCAGAACGCGGACUCGAAGACAUACUCACGAGAAGCUUGCCAGAACAUGUCAGGCCGAAUUUGAUCAUCGGCGAUGUCGUCAUCGCGAAUCUUCUUUUCGAUCCUUGCACCUACAAAGUCACUGCACUUGUCGAUUACGAUUGCAGUCACACUGGCCAUCCUCUACACGAAUUCUUCUUCUCGUCCUUUUCAGUCAACUACUGUGUCGUCUCUGCUGAGCCUGAAGUAGCGACGGCGCUCUUCGAUCAAUUCCCCUCUCCACUUCCAGAAUCCAAACCAGCGCUAGGAACCGAACUGCGUGACUGUAGUCCACCGCAGUGGGAAAUUAUGUUGAUGUUUGAGGAGGAGCUGGACAAGGUUGGUGCUGCGAGACCAAGCAGUAUUCAGGGCGCGAAGCAGAUCACAGAGAUAUACGAGUUCAUGUCGGAGAUCUGCCCUUUUCAUUUUGUGAUGGAUAGGUGGGUCGAAAACCAAAGUGAGGAGAAGCUGCAAACCUGUAGGAACGAGCAGAGGGUGAUUCUUGAGAAAGCUUUGGCAAAAUGGGGAUUUUGA